AUGAAAUUUACAGUGUCAAGAGAUGAGCUACCAAAGGUCUCCGUUCUUGAGUUUAAUGGGGAGUUCGAACAGCUGGAUAAGCUAAACAUGGACAUACAAGAAGACAGAAUUGUUUUCAACACGUCUUUUAUUAAAAGCGGGAAAAAAUCUUCUUCAAAUAAUCUUAUUCUACGAGCACAUAAUGGAGUAAUAACGCCGCAUGCCAUGUGUACUGACCAUAUACUCUUUGAUACUCCACCAAAGUACAUAAAUAACUGUAAAAGAGGAUAAAAACAGAGAAUAAAUUAGAUUGGUCAACCCUGAUGAUCACAGAAUAGCGAUAUUAAGAUAUAACUAGGAGUUAAAUCGAAAUAGACAUCAUAAUUCUUAUUAAUGCCAUUUUUGGAUACUAGUAACUGUAUAGAAGGCAUUUAUACUGAAAUUCAUGGAAAUUCUAUACAAUACUCAUAAAAUACGCGUAUAUGUUACA